AUGGAUAAUGGGUCAGAGGUCUUUGCAAAACUCCCAAAUCCUAACGCCGGUCCCGCGCAUUUCUCCGUUGCCUCCGAGGUCGCCACACGUGAGCUGCUUCGUGAUGUGUUCGAUAUCCCUGUCCCUCGGGUAUUGUCUUGGUCUUCCGAUGCAGCAAGUAAUCCAGUCGAGGCCGAAUAUAUUAUUGAGGAGAAGGCCCCUGGCGUACGACUAGGUUCUGUCUGGAAUCAAUGGCCUCGAGAGCUGAAGCUGCAGCUAAUAACUCAAGUGGUGGAGCUUGAGAAUAAAUUGACCACCAUUAGCUUUGACAAGCACGGUUGCAUUUAUUUCAAAGAAGACUUGCGCUCCCUUGUUGGAGAAGCGGAAGAUAUUCAUACACGCACGGUUAAAUCUGACUUCCUUGAACGAUUUUCCAUUGGACCGUUAACCACAAACGAAUUGUGGAGUGAGACUAGGAAGGAUAUGAAAUUAGAUUGUGGACCUUGGAAAGAUGCCCUUGAAUACAAUCGUGCAAUCGGCCGUAAUGAAAUCACAUGGAUCAAGAGACAUGCUAUUCCUCGCAUGAACUAUUACCAGCCGAAACCAAACAAGGAACUUCCUGAAGAUGGUAUCUCACUCUUGGAGAAAUAUAUGGACAUCUCCCCCUAUCUUGUCCCCCAGCCAAACGACAGACUGUCUUCUGCCAACGUUCUUUGGCAUCCGGACCUUCACCUGGAUAACAUUUUCGUGGAUCCAGAUGCUUGUCGGAUCACCAGCAUCGUGGACUGGCAGUCAGCGUGCGUUGCUCCUUUAUUCUACCAAUCUGGUAUCCCUAGAAUGUGUAGACACUCUCGACCUGUUCGGAAAGGUUGGGUCGUCCCUGAACGGCCAGCAGAUUUCGAGAGCCUGAGUAAAGAGGAGCAGAAGCGGAUUGAUGAUGAGUUGGAGAGCGAAACCAUCCAUAAAUACUACGAGGCGCAAGUAUAUAAGCGAGCGCCUCUUCAUUGGGCUGUACUCCAGCAACCAGCAAUCCCUAUCCUCCGGAAGCCUGUUUGGCUCGUGAGCGGAGUAUGGGAAAACCGCGACCUGUUCUUUCUCCGUGAGGCACUCAUGAACAUUAAAACGCACUGGAGCGAGUUUUUCCCAAACAUCACUUGCCCGAUAGAUUUCAGCAGCGAGGACAUCGAGCUCCAGUCCAAGGAAGAGGAAAGCAUAAAAGGAGUGGGGCAUAUAUUGUUACUGUUCCGAGAGCAAGCUAUACUCCCUGUGGAUGGGAUGGUUGAGCCGGAAGACUAUGACCUGGCCUGUGACAACAAUCGUAAGUUCAAAGAUACCUUUAUCCAGUUGGCGAAGGACGAAGAAGAACAGGAGCUGUUCAGGAAUCUAUGGCCAUACCAAGAGCCUGGGGAUAUCUGA